AACGUUAAAUUUCCAGAUGAAAACAACAAGUUUGCCAUUUUUCCUCUUAUACAUUGCAAUACUUGAUUUUCAUUCCUUUCCUCGCAGAAUGGCCGAUAAGAAGAAGAAGUAUGUAAUCGUUGAAUUUCUAGACGGACUUCAAAUCAUACCUAUAACUUGGUUGACUACCGAUUUAAAGAGAGCCAAAUGGCCAGAUUGUUACAUAAGUAAUAGCAGAUUUGACAAAGCAGUAAGAUAUUUGGAAGAACCCGAUUCAACUUGGCAGGAGCAUCCUAUUGUGAAAAUAUAUGCAACAUGUUCCGACUAUUCAGUAGCACGAACCAAGUUAAAGCUAGCUGAGCAAUUAUCAGAUGUAAAUACGUCUUCUGAAAAAGAGGAAUAUUUAAAAAAAUCACGGAAACAAAGAGCUGCAAAAUCAUAUUCAAGCUCUAAUGACGACGACGAUGAGUCUGACGAAGAAGUUGUUUCAUCCCUUCCAAAACCUCCAUCCAAAGAAAAUGAGAACAAAACAUCCAAAAUGAGAGAAAUUCAGUUACAUAGACAUCUGAAGAAUGUUACAAGUAUUGAUAUAAAGACAUCACGAGACGAUAACGUCGUUGCAUCUUGCAGUUCAUGUACUGCAACAGCAGAAGAGGAUUUUUAUUCACAGUGCAAUACUAAAAAAUUCAGUACACUAAAUUGUGAAAAUGAAAGUGAAUGGCAGUAUAAUAGAAAAAUAGUUCCUCUUGCAAAUUCGGACAAAAAGUAUAAAGAAGAUUCACAACAUACUUCAAAAGCACAAGAACGGACUUUGAUUUCUCAAUGUCAACAGGCCAAAAAUUUAUUUCCAUACACCAGUAAUUCGGAUUUCAGUUCCAAUCAAGAAGAACGAGGUGUUGAAAAGUUUGUAAACAUUGAUUGUCACAAUGAAAAUGUUCCUUCCUCAAGACGAUCAAUGAGUCCAAUCGUUAUAUGUGAAGAAGUUGAACAACGCAAUGACAAGUUGACAAAUGAUAAUACUGUAAAUAUCUCUUCUCCAAAAAGAUUUAAUGGAAUCAAAACAUAUGAAGGAGCAUCGGAUUUUGAACGCUACGUCAUUCAAAAGUUCCAGCAUCUUGAAAUAAAACUAAAUAUCGUCACAAAACGACUAAAGCAACUUGUAGACAACAAGAUGCCAACGGCACUACCAGAAGAACAGGAAAGAAUUGACAUUUUUCAAGAUCUCCCCAUCAAAAAUAAAAACGAAUUAGACACAAUGGAAGCAAAACUUGGAACUGAUAUUUCGUAUCGAAACGAAAUGAUCAGACAGUUAGCACGAUUAACUGCACAAGAAGUUAAACAAUCGUGCCUAUGUUUAAUGAGACAAAUAGUUUCCAAUGAAGUUGCGGUAUUAUUCAGCUGGCAGGGUGCCAAACAAAAAAAAAAUUUUUCAAAGCUACAUUUGUGCCAAGUAAUUUUAAAAGUUUUAAGAAACGCACAUGAAUCUGCGAAAGAUGAACAGAUGUCUUCUACAAUUAAAAUAUGGUUGGCACAUGCCCGGGAACGCAUCUAUCGAGAGGAAGAAAAGAAAAGGAGAAAAGAUCAAAAUACAGAAGGGAAACAAUGAUUCUCUUCUGUAACAAUCCGCUCUCCAAGGAU